GUGGCGCGCGCGCAUAGCGGCGCUCCCACGCAGGUUGAAAGCAGACGGCUCCAUCUCUCGUUUGCUCGAUCCCUAUCUCCCCCCCCCCUCCUCGUUUCUCUCUGUCUCUACGGAUAAUGAUGAUGAUGGUGGCAAUUACGAUGAUGAUGGUGCGCGAAACAUGGACGCUGCAUCGACUCGGAGCAUCAGAACAGCGUCUCUCCGCGCCGUAGCCGCGACUCAUCCCGACUCCCGAUGCGAUCGGACGGUGAAAGCUGCUGCUGCUGCGGCUGCUGCUGCUGCAGAGGUCAAGCGCGCUCACAGCAUCGUCAGGGCGAGGAGCUCUCGGCACGACGGGAGCGUUAGGGAGAGGGAGGAGGAGCGCGCAAUUCGUGGCUCCCCCGCAAGCGACGCUCCAUCCGAACGCGGCGGCUGCUCCUGCAGCAAAACGCUCCUCCUUCUCGUCGUCGUCAUCAUCGUCGUCGCCUUUCGUCGUUAUCGUUGGGGGGUGUUGGGGGGGUCUAGCAAAUAAUAAUCAUCAUUCCAACGAUUGCUAGCUCGGGGCGAGCCAGCCCGAAUGCCUCUCGACACUCGGCGACCAUGGCUGCGGUGAGGCUGCUGCUGUACGCGGGCUUGGCGCUCGCUCUGUGCGCCCUGGGGCUCCUGGCGGCCGCGCUCUGCACCGACCACUGGUACGAGACGGACGCGCGCCGCCACCGCGAGCGUUGCCGCAGCUACGGCACGAAGCGUCGCGACCCGGGCUACAUCUACACGUCCAACAACAACCUGCCCCUCCGCCAGAGCCCCUUCGUGCAGGUGGUGCGCCGCAGGCCAAACUCGCCCGAGCGAGCGAGCGCCGCGCGCAACGGCACCGCCGAGAUGAGCGACGCAGAGGCGGGAGUCGAGAGGCCCCGCGACUCGAGGCAGCAGCAGCAGCCGGCUCCGCUCCGGGCGAGACGCGCCGCGAUCCGUCGAGACAGUGGCGGUGCCGGUGGUGCCGCUGCUGCUGCUGGCUCGUCCGGGAUGAUUCGACUCACAGUCGUAGACGGGAAACCGGCGAUGUUCCUCCGCCGCCAGUGUUCGUUGAGAAGACGCCACCGCCGCCGCCGCAGCAGCAGCAGCAGCCACAGUCAUCAUCCACCGCAAUCGUCAUCGUCAUUAUCAGCAUCGCCGUCGGCGGCGUUGGGGGUCGGCGCGGCUGCCCGCGGGGGUCCGCGCGUGCAGGCGUCGAGCGCGCGCAGGAGGCGCCAGGUGUUCGGGCCGGGAGGAGUCCCGGACCCGGACUGCGUGCGCCAGGCCAACUCCACGGAGAUGGGGCUGUGGAGCAAGUGCUACCGAGACGGCUUCGACGACGAGAUCGAGGAUCUCAUCGCCAAAGGCAUCAUCCAGCGCUGCUUCCCGAUAAAGUAUCACUACUCGUCCACAUCGCUGCCAAAAAACCUGCCUUACAACGUGACGCGCGCCAUCCGCCAGGACGAGUGGCACUCGCUCCACCUGCGGCGCAUGACGGCGGGCUUCCUGGGCAUGGCGGUGGCGAUCCUGCUGUUCGGCUGGGUGCUAGGCGUGCUGGGAUGCUGCUGGGAGAGGGGACUCAUGCAGUACGUGGCCGGCCUGCUCUUCCUCAUGGGCGGCACCUUCUGCAUCAUCUCGCUGUGCACGUGCGUGGCCGGCAUCAACUUCGAGCUGUCGCGGUACCCGCGCGGCCUCUACGGCUUGCCGCCGGACGUCACGCACGGCUACGGCUGGUCCAUGUUCUGCGCGUGGGGCGGCCUGGGGCUCACGCUCCUGGCCGGCUUCUUCUGCACGCUGGCGCCCUCCGUGCAGAUCCCCACCAGCGCCCCAGCGAGCGUCGCCGGCUCGCCAAAGCCCCGACCAGAAAACGGCGCCGUGUGAUCUCCGAGCGGCCGUUCUCCCGCCGGUCCGGUCGGCCGGUUCCGCCAGGUUCCGCCCGUCGUCUGAACGCACACCACCCCCCCCAACCCCUCACGGCUCGCCGUCUAGGGUUACAACCUCUCUGAGAUACAACAGCAACAACGACAACGGAAAAACCGGGAACACUCCGAGGGAUGAAGAUUACCCCUCACAAUGCCGAGAGUGGGCAGAGCUACGGUGUAAACGCGUUGCCUCUCAAGUGCGCUUGCGUUAUUUACGAAAAGCGAGGCUCUUAACGUCCUGGGGCAGACUUGCAGAUUUGCCUAAAAAAAGAUGAUCCUGGGCAAACCGGGAUAGGUGGCAACCCUAUCGCCAUCCUGCCUCUUUGUGGAGCGGAAUUUCCGUGCCACGGUGCCCGCUUCAACGAGUCUGGCCUGGCUCGUCUUCUUUGCCUUGCGAUGCCACUCUCGAUUGUUGCCUCUGUGACAGCGGAGGCUGGGAUGGACGCCACCUUCUUCUUAUUCGAGUGUGCAGGCAGUGCAACUGUACAAGAGGUCAACAGGUCAGAGGGGCCCCAGGCGCCGGGCUAUGAAGAAGGGGGAUGGGUGGGAAAUUGGGCAGGGGGGAGGCCCCCAUUUCGUAAUUUGCACCAGGGCCCCAUGCCAAACACGCUCAUGCCAAUGGCUAUCUUCGUCUUGAAACCAUCUUAGCGUGGAGGCCUCGUGCUGUUGAGAACGUGCUGGGCAUGCAGAUGCGAGGAUUAUGAAACCAUGCGCUCUAUGUCAUCCGGAGAUGGGCUGCGUUAAACGACUGUGUCGAGCAAAGGUAAAAUUGUGUAGGGGAACCGUAAAGAUUUACGCAGGAAUUGAGACACCUGACUUUCACGCUCGCGGACCGGGGUAACGGAGCUGGCAAGGAAACGCAUCGCUUGACUGGGAAAAAGCCUUGAGUAACCGGACGGUCUUGCACAUCUGAAUUCGCAAGAGUAAAAUGUCGUAGGCUUGAAUGACCCCCAUCCCAACGCAAUCACGAUGGCUCCCUGUAUUAUUAUUAUUAUUUCCUCCCCCCCCCCCCCCCAACUCGAGUGCGCUUGACCAAUUUGGUGCAGCCGGGUCGGGGAGAACGAGUGCGGCGCGACCUCGCGCAGAACAAAGGGUGCCAUCGAAGAAGAAAAAGAACCACCGCCGCCCGUUACCCGGCGUAAUUAGCGCGUCACGUUAACCCAGGCGCGGGGCUUCCCCUCGUCAGCGGCGACUUGAGAGCCGCGCGUUAACGAGCUUCUCUCCGUCGGACUCCUCUUAACGGGACGUGCGCUCUGCGGUACCCCCCCCCCCCCCCCCCCGGACGCCGGGCCGCACACCGCACUCGGAGGUUGCCUUGGCCCCCUCUGCCCCCGCUGCCCCCGCUGCCGCCGCUGCCCCCACUGCCCCCUCUGCCCCCACUGCCCCACUGCCCCCGCUGCCGCCGCUGCCACCACUGCAGCCGCCGCCAAAAAAAGCCCCUGACCCCAUUACCAUUCAGAGGCAUUAAAGAAACGCUGAAAGCAUGCAACUGUCGUUCGUGUCGGCAUUCGGUAACGAGACGGUUUAACCUUACAGAAGGUCGCGGCAAAUAGCGGCCGCUCUCCGCUAUAAUGGGCGUUGGUGGCGGGAGGGGGGGGCUGGAGGGGUGGGGGGGGGACCGUCGGGCCAAAUGACGCGGGUCCCCCGUCGGCGGUUGUUGGCGCUGAUCGGCCUCGCUGAUCUUUUCAUCUGUUGGAGUGCCGUGGAAACUGUGCAAAUGAUCUGUUCGGAAAGGAAGAAAGAAACAAGCACGUCUUCUUCGUCCUCUCAGACGUGUUCGAUUACAAAACGUAGGCGAGUUUUCAUUUUUGUUUUUCUAUAAAGCUCCCCCCACCCCACCUGUCUCCCGUAAGCAUCCACCUCCCGCCCCCCCACUGACCAAGGAGACUUGCAAAUGGUUAAAAAUGCAUCUUGAGCGAGCGCGUGUGCGUCCCAAGAUUAUGCAGCGCACGCUUAAGCGUAUUGCCGGCGAAGGGAGGGGAUGAAGCCUGACCUUAUGCUGUGGCAUUAAAACAAGCGACAACAUCCUUACACUCUGCAUUUCGCGAUAGACGCGGGGGAUUUGUAUUCAUGACAGCUCCCCGAGCAGAGCCUUGUUUACGACAGACCGGCCGAUCCGCGGCUCUCUGCUCACCUAGAGUCUACCUAAGGGAAAUGUCAGCCCUUUUUGUCCCUUGAACAGUGGGCCUGGGAGAGAUGCCUUCGUCAAUUUUUAAUGAAAUAUUUCCAAGCCCAUGGGUGUGCGAAAUAAGGGAGAGACAGAAAGAGAUAAAGGUAAAAAAAACCGAUGCAGUAAGAAAACAAACCUUAUGGCGAAUAAUAAUAUUUCGGCGCACACCUGAGAAGAAUCGCAGGAAAGUCAGCGAUUUCCCCUACAAGGAUUAGGCUCCAUGAAUCGGAAACACAGAGUACAGAACUCCUGUUAGCCAUGGAUAUUGUUAUGCGCAGGGCUAUCCGCGAUUUUACCGCACUUGUCCAAUUUGAAAAAUUGUGGAUAACCCACAGAGACUAGUAUGAAACUACAUGUCACGCCUCUUUGUCUGCUAUUAAUUAGCGGAUAACAGAAAGUCACUUCGCAGAAAAUGAUGGCAAAUAUCACGUCGUCAAAAUAAUGAUAAUAUACACAAUUCUCUAACACGUACAUAUUUCAUGAAUCAGACGCAUUGUUCAAUCGAUAACUCGGCAGCGCAGGACUAUUUUUAUUCCUAUCAUCUGCGUUGAUCAUUGAUGAUCACAGAUCAUAGGAAGAAUAGUGCCGCAGAUAACACGAUGUAACACGAUUUUUGUUCCUGGGUAGUCAGUUUUAUUUUCUAAUUGCUUAUGCCUAAAAAGUAUAGAAAGUGGCUAUUAUUCCCCAAAAACUUUGCUUUUGUGACCAGGACUUUACGUGAUGGAAUGACACAAAUGCACACGUUUUCUCAUUGAAAAUAUGUACAUUUCAAAGUAUCACUGUCCUGGUCACAAAAGCAAAGUUUGUGGGGAAUAAUAGCAAUUUUCUGUACUUUGGAGGCAUGAGCAAUUGGAAAAUAACACUUACUGCCCAGGAACAAAAAACAUAUGUUUUUGUUGCACAGUGUAAUGACUAUUUUUGUAGGCCCUACAGCUCCCGGGGAUGAUAGGGUCAGGGGGUAAGGGGAGUGCUCCUGUAAUAUGAAUCUGGCCUAUUGCUAGUCCAUUGGGAAUAGGGUAAGGUGCUCAAUGUCACCGGAAUUUCCAUGCAGAUAUCGUUUGGUAGCACUCUCCACUGCACAGCAUUUGUUUUUGCUCCAAUGCUGUUUUUGUAUUCUGUAAAAAAAAAAAAUAGGAGGGGGGGGGGAACGUGAGGUUUUAAUCAGACUUCAUAAGCAGUUGUGCCGGGCGUUGUGUGUUUCGACAAGGUUCAAAUCUACAGAUGCAUUAUAUAUAUAUGAAACGUUGAUGUGUAAUGUACAUUGCAUAUACAUUGUGUUAUCGUGGCUCACACAGUAAAUGGUGAAAGCGGUUUUUUUUUUUAAUCGAUGGGGGCGCGCACACAAGCGAAGCGGCGGAACGAGGUGUGGUGUAGCUUUAAUUAGCGUAAAGUUUGCUUGGCUGGGUGAGGAUUAUUAGAACGAAAAGUGGAGGCCGUUAAAGUUUAGGGGUAUUGUCUCACAGCGGUGUCUCACAUCCAAUAUGCAAACCGCCAACGCAUUCCGAAUUUUUAUGCUGCAUACAAAACAAAGUUUGUCUCCUCGGACACAAAACCUUUCUACGGUGGAGUGAAAAGAAAUAUCAUUUGUUUUGUUCUCCAACGAGUUGCCCGCCAAUUUGGUUUUUCAACGGUUUUCAUUCGCAUUUUUUUUUUAGAGUCGUGGUUCAGAUUGACUUCGAGUGAUGCGGUGGGUGGGGGGGGGUAAGAGUGUCGAGCGUGGGUGCUCACCACCUCUCGCAAGGUGUCUGACCAGCGUGGAAGAUCAGGCUAAAAGUAUGCCCUCUUGAAGAGGGCUUUGCUACCAGGGUGUUUCAGGUGUCUUGUGACCCCCCCCCCCCCCCCCAAUUUUUAUU